GGCUUGCCGCAGGACCCCACGGGUUCCGGCUCUUCUUCUUCCUCCUCUUCCUCCGAUCUCGCGGAAUCAGACGAUCGCAACGACGACGACGACGACGACGACGACAACGACGACGACGACAACGACGAUCAUCUGGAUAACGUCGACGAGGAGAAUCGGUUGGCACGUGUCACCGCCGGUUCCCUGCUUGAUCAUCUGGCCAGACGUGACGAGGACGCCUAUGAAGGCGUGACCAAUGAGGAGAGAUCGCUCGAGUUCCUUGCCACCCACAGGGGGGUGCCUUACGAUUCACGAUCGAUGUCGAAGGUGACCGAUUACGACAGAAGAUACGACCACCAGUUCGCCGCGCGAGAGUAUACGGAGACAACGUUAACGGAAUCGGUGAACAGGCUUCAGGAUUACAACAGCAGUAGCAGCAGCAGCAGCAGCGCGAACAGUCUCGAUGGUCUCUGCCAGGGACAUCAACGAAUAAUCAGCGAUUUAAAUCGCGGCAACGAAUCGAGCACGCGCGAUCAUUAUAUGGUACCCACUCGCGAUCCCAGGGAACUCAACGAAAGAAUCUUGUCGCUGUUCAAUCCACAGUUCCUGCCGAACUUUAACGACAUGAUGAUGUACGUGGGGAAUCAGUACGACGCCAGACGAAGCCCACCACCCAGAUCACGAUCGAUGGCCGACGGAGAGAGUCGUUUGUUCAGGAGCUCGAGUUGUCGAAAGAAACGCGUCGGUGCGAGCUCAAUGUUCUUCCGCCGUGGAUUGACGUACGAAACGGCGCGCAAGUGACGCAAGUUGUCUCCUUUCGGAUUCAAACGAAGAAUACAGAGUUGGAUAACCCGUGAUGAAACGUAAGACGACUCUCGGAGAACACCGUUGUCCCGCGAUCGAACGAGAGAAAAAGAUUUCGAUCGAAAGGACCGAAGACCGAGCGGAUUAGCUUCGCAACGGUUUAGUUAGUUCUCUUCCUCCACGAUCGCUCUUGCGUUUCCUAUUGCAACUAUCCUUCGUGAUCACGAAAACAUCUUGAUCCGUAUGCGUUCUUGUACGGAGAACGAGUCUACGAAAGAAGACCACGAUGUUAUAUGCAAACUUAGUGUCGCCGUUACCUGAGAUACCUCGAGAACGUGUACUCGAGAUAUGUACGUAUUUCUGUUUUGUCGUCGUUCAUGAUCGUGUACAGACCGACCGUGUACGUUGCAAGACCACUUCCGGUGUCACGUGUCAUAUCGUCUGAGAUGUAUCGCGAGAACAGAGACACGCGGACUUUGAAAAUAUUUUUUUAAGGUAUAUCACUUCAGGCUCUUUCCGAUGUCUUUAAGCGCGACAUCGUGUAUCGGACGCUCCAACCACACCUUGAGCUAAUUUUUGUACGGAAUUCGAUCGAUUUUCGAAUUCUUCCUUUCCGUUUCUCACCAGUACGGCAAUGGAAGGAUAUGGGAAAUGAAAGGCCACACAAAAAGGAAUAUAACCGUGCAACAACGACGAUGGGACAAAGGAUCGACUCGUAGCUGUGUAAUGUGAUACGAUCAGAGGAGAGACUGUGUUCGUAGCAGUGGCCUGCUUAGGUGCUUAGAACCUAAGAACGGUGAUUUAAGGACGAAGACGAAGCGUCCAGCACUUGGAUCCUCGUUUCUCAAACUACCUUCUACGAACUUUGGCCCCCAUGGCCCCUUGACCGUUGACAAGCAACCAAGAAAAUCCCGGUAGACAAAAACUCGCCAAAAAAGACAAACUACUCGUUUUACACGAAGAAAAAGUUGCUUGCUGCGCAAUGUCUAUCAGAUUCACUUUGUUCACGAUUCUCGAGACAAAGCUGGAGAUAGUUGCAACAGUUGAGACGUAGAGAGAGAAAAUAUUCAAAGAGACAACCGGAAAGGGUGAAAGUUUGAGAAACGUGGUGCCAUGGAACGACGUUCCAAGCAUUCGCACGAGACGAGGCGUGCCUUCCGUAUAUUAAUUGUUGGCAAAUUUCUGAUUUAUAAAACAGGAACGGGAGAAUGCGGCCGGUAUAGAUUCGGGCAAGUGCCUCAUUUAUGCGUUUCGUUUAAAAAUAAAUAUUCGAUAGUGGAAGAGGACAAUGAUAAGUUGGUGAAGAUGAAAAGAGAGAGAGAAAGAGAGAGCGAGCGCGCGAGAGCGAAAGAGAGAGAGAGAAAGAGAGAGAGAGACUUAUGUAAGACUUAUUCAAAGUAUUGUUGUGCACUUAUUGCCGUGCUGUGAGUAUAUUGGUUAUUAGCAAGAGAGAAUCGUGGUGUUGAAGCACGUGUACGGUUAUUAAAAUGAAAAGUAAUAAGGAAGAAACAUUUACCGCGUUGUGGCGCCUUCGAGAAGUUAUGUAUUUUUGGCUGGGACGUGUUACGAAUCAAUUUAUCACUGUUAACGGUGUUCCGGGCGAGGUGUGGAGGUGUAUCUUUUUCUUUUCUUUAUUUUUAUUCUAUAAGAUAAACGAAGUGAUACUACGUUGCGAAUGAAUCGCUCGAAUCCGAUUAUCGAUGACUUCAUUUGACUGCAGGAUACCUCCGUGAGGUCAAGAUGGUUUUAAGUUUUAUAAAUGUGGAAAUGAAAGAUAGAACUUUCGAUACCCGAACUGCUAAUAGUUUUUAUACGUUUUAGAAAAAAUACACAGGAAUAUUUAUAACAUAAGUAGAAAAAAAGUAAUACGAAAGUUUCUAUCUUCCUUUAUCGGUAAUUUCAUCGCACAGAUAUUUCAGAAUUUUCAUUUGAGUUUCUUCUAAAUUUGGUAUUCUUCUUCCAGUGUUAGGUGAAACAUUAAGAAGAAUGAUCUCUCGCGUUUUAUUUUUCGCCGCUGGUAGAAGUAUUAGUAUAAUUAAGAAAGGUAUUUAGAGAAAGGAAACCGUCUUAAAAAGGAGAUCGUUUUUCAACUUAUUUUAAUUGUGUAUAUACGUACUACUAUGCUACGCUACGCUAUACUGUACCCUAAUCAAAUUUAAAGCAGAGCAAAGUACAUCUUCGUAGAAGAGACGAUCAAAUAAUAAAAAUGUUCAAGAUAUAAAAAUUCGGAUAAUAAAGAUUCUAUCGUGCGGUAUAUAGAGAUAUAGUUUUAAAUGAAUUUAAUCGUUUCUCCAAACGAUUUGAUUUUGUGGGAAAAUGUUGCAAGAAGCUAGAAACUGGAGGAAAAGUUCCGGUGAAUUCCUUUCGCCAAGAUCAAUCAGUAUAUAAUAUAAUAAAAUCAAUGAAGAGGAGGACGCGACAAAGGUUCAGAUAAACGCAUUCGCGCGAUUCGCUUCAGCUGGUAUGUAUUCCUUAGAGCCGGUACUGCGUGUUAUCCGACACCUUAGCGAAAACUUGGUAGCGUGUACGACAGUUCUCUACGACAAAGUAUCCUCGAAGAUAGCUCGGGAGGAGAGGAAACUUGAAAGAAGAAGGGGAGUCUUUGCGUGUUUGGCAAGAUGUCUUUGACAAUGGCGUAAAUCGGUCUUACUAGCGCACAAUAGCGAACACUGGGCAUAUUUCCUUUACAGCUUAAGGGCGGAUAGAGCGCCUGUAACAAACUGCGGCUAACGUUUGUCCCAGAUAUCGAGUAAGAUGGAAAGAGAACAAAGGAGGAAUCUGAAUAUAGAAAGUCAAGAAACGUGGCCGUGAUAUCGCAAAAGUAGAGCGAUUCGAUUUUCUAGUUCUUCGUGAAAUUAGCGUGUCGGUAUAGAAAGAUGGAACGAUUGCGAAAAUUAGUUUUAGCCGUCAGCUUUUAGACGCCAAGAAAAGCGGAUAUUCGAGAUGUUUCAGAAACUCGUGGACUUUUAGGACGGUUGGAAAAUCGUUAGAUAUCAUCGUCUUUCGUUUGACAGAUGUUGUUAAGAGGAUACAUGUACGCUCUGCUCUUUUCAUCCUCGAUUUUAAUAUCAAUGGGCAAACGUCCGGCUGCUCUCAUGAACCAACACUGCCACAUCGAUUCUGAUAUGCUUCGAACAGUAAAGGAAACGGUAAGACGAAUUCUAAGUAGAUACAUCGAUUUUCACUGAUUGUCACUGAGCGUUACCAAUAAUAGCACGGAAAAGAAGAAAUAAUAAACGAUCGAUUCGAAUAAUGAGGAAGCUUGACGCAAACACACAUGCUAGAUAGAGAUUAUAACAUACGCGUAUUGAAAUGGCCAUUAAUAGAGAGACACGGUCUGAAUACAAUGAAGGAGCAACGUAGAGAAUGGUCUGAUGUUGCGUGCUGGAAGAAAGAAGAAAGUCGUGUACAUAAUAAGUAGAAAUUGUUUUUUAUCGUUGAAAUCAUUUAGAAGCAAGGUCGAGAACAUUCAUUCGCUACGCUACUCGUCACGCGGACAGCAGUGGUACGCAUUAAUAUUGUUUACGUAUACAUGUAUACGCGUGUGCCGCAUGAAUCUUUGAUACAUGUAUAUGUAAACAUCGCAUUUCCAUUAUUGCAUAUGUCUACAUAUAUAUACACACACACAUGUACAUAUAUACAUACAUAUACGAGUGUAUAGAUAUAUAUGUGUGUAUGUGUGUGUAUAUAUGUAUAUGUAUAUACACGUAUAUACAAAAAUAUAUAUAUAUAUAUUCAUAUAUUUUUUUUUUUAAUCCGCAUAGAUAAAAUAUACUAUACGAAUGAGAAAGAAAUCGCGUUAAACGAGAAAGGCAGCUAAUUACACACUUUUUUCGACGGUCUUUGUGAAAGUCCGCGAUCUUUUUUAAUUAAAAUUCCGCCGAGCACCCACGAUGAUCUCGUUAAUGUUCGACUUCACGAAGAACGACUAACAACUGAUUGUUCGGCAAAAAAAAUAUUUUACGAAAUAUGAUGUUUAUAUUAUACAGAAAAAAAAACACAUCCAACUUAGGUACCUUGUGUCGAGAUGAGAAAUUAUAUAUAUAUAUAAAAUUGAAAGUUAUAUAUGUAUAUAAUUUUUAUAUAAGUCAUAUUGGCGGAUUGUUAUAUGCUAUAAUAUUUCUAAAUUAGAGGAAUCGAGGAGGUAUAUAAAUAUACAUAUAUAUACACAUAUGUAUAUAGAUAUAUAUAUAUAUACAUAUGUAUAUAUAUGUAUAAAAUAUUAUGGAUGUACAUGUAUACAAAGCGUUUUAUUAGAGUUUACGUGAUUAGUUAUUGUAAGGACGAUUGUACAUAUUAUUACUCCGUUUAAAAUUGACUUGAUCGCGCUAAACUUAGAACGAGAUUUACCCUGUUUGGGGGACGCUAGAUUUUGCUCGAUCAUGUUUUCCUACCCGUUUUUCUUUUACUUUUAUUAUUUCUCUCAUUUAAUUUUUAAGACAGAAACGCUUGCACGCUAGCCCUAUUUCCGAGCAUGUGCAUUUCAUCGUUUAUACAUUAUAAUCGAGUUCACUUUGAAUCGAGAGAUCGUAACGAUAAGAUUAUUUUUUACGUCGAGGAAAAAGAAGAUGAAACUGAUCAUAAAAACGCGCCAAGAGUCACGUGUGACGCGUAAAUGGUAUUUGUACGAUUUAUUACGCGCAGUUUUAUAGAAGUGAAUCGAUGUUUUUAACAUAAAACAAUUUAAUUUGACGAAAAUGAAACUUUCGAUGUAGGAAUAUAUUCGAAGAAAUUUACAUACGAAUUUUCACGCUGAAACAAAAACGAGAUUGUGACAUAGAAAUUCGAAGACUCUUACACGGAAGAACGUACAAGUCGAUUCGUUACAAACAUUGAUCCGAACGUUUACAUACACGAUUCUCACUUUCUAUUGUCUACGUUUCAAAAAUCUAGCUAACCAACGUUCCCCUUUGUCACGAAUUAACUAUCAGCACACACAGUGACAAACAUUUCAAUAUUGACUCAACGAAAAAUCGAAUUCACAAGGCAGAAACCGAUUCUCGAACGAUGUUAACCCGAUGCUAAUCUUCCGCGCGGUUUCCGCCAGGGAUCGAGGGAAGAAAUCCAUUUUGCGGGUGGCAAACGAAUUCGUAAGGGGAGAGUCGACCGUUUUACUCAGAAAAUCGGCCUUGCCAUAGUUGGAAAGUUUCGAAGGAUUCCGCGAUAUCUCGCGCAAUGGGUCAAGUAUUCAAACGAUUCGAAUAAUUUGGACGUAUUCGAGUUAUUCCAGUGAACCGGGAACGUUUUCUCUCUGCAUAGUUCGUAGACGCUACCGCGAUUCUUUCCCUCCCUGUACAUUUGAAAGUCGAAUCGACGCGACGUUCAUCCGACGCAAGAAAUCUUCACCGAAAAUUUACCGACGCAAUUGUUAAGCCGGAAACACGUCACGCGCUAGCGCUAGGUUAGAACGUAAUAACGAUCGCAUUAAUUAGGUAAAGUAAAUACAACAUUCCAAGUAGAAGCCAGGACUGCCAAUCGAUUGAUAAGCAGCAAACGAAUACUUCCGAAGAAGUAUUCACGUCUGAUAACUUUGAGCUUGACGUGUGUUACCACGAUCACCUUUCUGAUUAACCUCCAAAAGUUUAAAGUCGCCGAUCGUUAUUUAUUAAAAGGUUAUUAACAAAGAAAUUAAUUUUCCCAGAAAUCUAAACUUUGCCGUACCAAGUACGGAAAUAUUUGCGAAAUAUUUAUCGCAUUUCUGCGUAUAAACAAACGCGAAUAAUAUAAAUAUACCAAGUUUGUAUCCACGACGUAUGUGUCUUGUCCAACGUUCAGAAAAUGCGGAAUUAGGUUAGGUUAGACCCUAGUUUCUUCUGCGGUGAAUUUCAAUACUAACAUAAAUAACUAAUAUGAAAGCACUUGGUGCGAAGAAGUUCAGAUUUCUGAGAAAAUUUCGGUAGGUUUUUCAAUUUUUCUUCGUUAAUAGUUUUUUAAUAACCAAUGAUCGGUGGCUUAAACCUGUGCGAAGUUACUCAGGAGAGUGAGCUUGAUAUCGCGUGUCAAGGUUAAGGUCAUCGGAUUUUUUCGGAGAUUAAUCAAUGAAAGCUCGCAACGAUUGGCGAAUUUUAGAAUCAUGUCAGUUUGAGUCUAUCAUGUUUUGCGUUUAUUAUAGAAAAUUCGAUAAUUGUUAACUCCUCGUAAAGCCGGACAAGUUCUAUGGUUCGUUCGUUAAUGAUCGCCUGUUCCUUUACAAAGUAUUAUUGUAGAUUCGAAUAACGUGCGUGAAAGUAGCAUUCCUUUAUUUUUUAUAUCACGUAGCCUCGUUCCGUAUGCUGUAACGAUCCCCUUUCCUUUUGAUAUUACACAAUGGCUUGGAUAAAAAUAUUCUGAAAAUGAAUGACGAAGAUGAUCGUUGGAAGAACGAUCCAUUGGGAGUCCAGGAAAGUCGUAUCGAUACUAUGCCUUGCAAUUAAUUAAAACUGCUAAACGCGCAGUAAGCUUUAGAACAAGUAAUAAAGAUUAAUUUAAAAGGCACUUUUGUACGAACGUAAAUCAUAUCUCUUAAAUACCUUCGAUAUUAUUCACGGAAGCUACGAAUGAUAUAUCGAAAAUCGACUGAAUCGAUGAAUUUCUCGGAUAAUCUGACGUUUAUGUUCCCACAAACUUUCUCCGAUCUCCGAUAAUCCUAUGUCAUGAAAAUUAUAUAAUUCAUCGUUAAUUCAUCAUUAAAAGAGACAAAAAGAUAUACGUAAUUCUUAAAAGCUCAAAUCUUAAGUCAUAACGUAGGCUUGUCAGGCUUUACAACUGAUAUUUUCAAUUAUGAUAAUCCGCUUGAAAUGCUUUAUCAAAAUGAUUGGUCAAACUCGAUAAACGAGGUAAUUAUUGGUUAAAACUAUUAGUUGAUAUGUCUUCGUAAUUACGUGGAUCAGUUAAACUCUUUGUAAUCUAUUCUUUACAACGUUCAUUUUGUAACAUCGUCAACAUUGGCGGAUAUCUGUCGUGGAACCAUUAUCACGACAAACAUAUACCCAUUAAGCUAUCCAUUUUGAUAACAAUAAUUCAUUGACACAACGUCAUUUUUAAGUAGUUACAAAUGAAAUAUUCUCUUUCAUCGAUUAUUGUAACAAUAAAAACUCGCGCUUAAUUGUUUCGUUCGGACUUUAGAAAUUACUAACACAUACACGAUAAAUGCAUAGAUCUUGGUUAACUUCAUAUCAUAAAUAUAUAUAGAGAACGAUGCUUGAUAAGUGAACCGUUUGUACUAGAAACUAUCUAAUCUCACCGCAAUCUACUGUAUUUUAUAAUUAAUCACAAAGAACGUUGGAGAUCGGUGCCGGGAAACACCGAUCGGUUGAUUUUACCACGUGCAUGGAAUGCUGACGCCGUUUUUUUUUUUUUUUAUUUAGUUUUACGUUCUGUAAAAAAUAUUAAUCAAACGAUUGUAUCUUUGCAAAAGACUCGUAAAUAAACCAAAAUGCUACCGCUCGAAUAUAAUUUCGAAAAUAAUCGUAUCGUAUAGUACAAACGGAUCUGCCCAACUAUAGAAAAUAACAGUGACUGCAAAAAAAAAAGUGUAGAAGAUGUUUCUUUGGCCCGAAAAAAAAAAUGGUAAACUAUAAUAUUUUGCUAAAGAUGUCAGUAACAUAACUUACUACCUUUAAACGAAACAUAGCGAGUGUAGUAAGCUGUAGAAGUUGGGCAGAGAUAUUCUCAUUGGACUAAAGAUAAAAUCGAAUGAAAAAAAAAAAAAAAAGAAUUGUUCGAAUAGAAAAUCGAUAGGAAAUGUUACAAUAGAAUGGAAAAAUCUUUAUAAUGUAUACGUCACGAUUAUUUCGCUAUGAUAAGAUACGAGAGCAUGACGAAUGAGUAGCUAAGUACACGGGUGUACGCUACGCGUCGAAACGAUGGAUGGCAGUCCAGGCACACAUGUUUGCUGUGCCAAUGCAAUGCGUUUUCUGUACAUAGUAUCGUAGCCCUAAUUAAUAUUAGUUAGAGUGUAGCUGGAAUCACGUUGACGUAGACGAUGGCAUAUACGUAGAAGUAAUCGAUAAAGGCACAUAAAACGAGUCAUCCAACCGCGCUGUUCUUCAGCUAUACUAUGCAAACAUCGCUGAUAUCGUUCUCUACCGGUUUAUAAAACCAUCGAGAACUUUUCGUUCGCGCGUUCACUGUGCAAUGAAAGCGGAGAAAAGUUGCGAGUGACGUUAAAAUUACGGUCACUUCGAAUUCUGAAAGCAAUAGGCGAUUCUUUGAAUGUUAGUAACGAUAGUUUAGAUAUUUGAAUAGUUUAGAUCAGAUAAUACGAUUAUUCGGUCUCAUCGCGUGUAAUAUCCUUAAAAUGUAUUCAUUUCAGGGCGUUGCAUUUAUUAUUUAUUUAAGUCAUCGUCCAAGUGUCGAUAAGAAACGUUAAUAAAACAGUCGACGCGUGAACGAACCAUUAAAAACGGUUGGUUGCUCAAAGUACGCCUGUUGUUACGCCCAGAAACAAUGAUCUACAUUUAAUCCUUUAUUUGAUAAAUGGAAAUAUUCGAGCAGCGGUAUGUACGUACGUAUAGUACAUAACAACGAUACGACGAAAUAAAGCAACCAGAAAGAUAUAUAAGUGUAAGAAGACUGCUGCUUAAGAGUGACAUGAUCAGAUAAAGGGUUAACGUUGUACGUCAUCCAAACACGCGUGCAAGUUGUAUGCAUAUGGAACGGCAUAUGAAAUUUCUGAUUUGUACAAUAAUACUCAUUUCAUUUGGAAAAAUCAUAAGUAUUACGUAUAUGUAUAUACGUAUAGAAAUGAUAAUAACGGCUCCUUUGACAUAUUACCAUUAGUAUUAUUUACUACCGUUUAAUGCUACUGUUUUCUUUUCUUUUUUCUUUUUUUUUUUUUUUUUUUUAUUAAGUUUUAUCCAUGAACGACAGAAAUGAUUUUACCAUAUCGUUUUGAGAGUACAUUGCCUUGUAAAAUGAUGCGUUGACCUAUACUGUCCGCGAUUCAAUGGCGACCAACAGCUCCAUUUUUCUCUAAGUUACACCUCGAGACUUGUAUGAUAUAAGUAAUUCAUUAGAUGUUAGAGAUGCGUUAUUGGUACUGGUAAUAAUAAAAAUCACACCCGUCGAAAAUCAUAAAGCGAUUGUAUUUGCUUAUUUUGAAAAGAGAUCUGCAUCUUUUCUCUAUUUUCUUUAUAAUUCUUUUAUAGUUAGCGAAUAAAUACACGUGUACCUAUCGUUUAGAUUUCCCUUCGUUUCGUUUCGAAUUACAGAAAGAUAUAUAAGAAAACGAGUGAAAUCGAGAUCGACCGACAAAAUGGGAAUCGAUCGAAAGUUCAAUGAAACAAACUGCCACGCACGGGCAAUAAACUUCUAAAUUACGAUGUAACGUUUAUUAACAUUAUAAGCUGUUCAACGAUCAAUUUUGUAUAUCCCGCCAGCUCUUGACGAAAGCACAGGUCAUAUUAUGAAAAAUGAAAAAAAAAAAUCGUCUUUCGACUGGUUUGCUCGGUUAUACGGUAACUACGAUCGCGUAUAACGAGAUAGCGAGAAAAUACAACGGGAAAAACGAUCGAAACAAGAGGAAAGAAAAGAAACGAAACGUUCGACAGAAAAAGAAAUGAUUCGAGAAGUAAUAUAAUAUUCGUCAUGAUUAGUUUUCAUCGAGGCGGAAGUGCUAGAACCUAAAAUCGUCUAACACUUCGCACAAGACUGAGGAGCUUGUAUAUAAUUACAUACACAUUUAAUGCGGUACAUUUGAUAUAAAAAAAAAAAGAAGAAAAACGAGGCGUUUACCUUUUGGGAAGUUCAGUUUAUUAUCAUAACGUAAUAAUUGUAACAGCAUAAAUACGUUGUAUGAUUGUACAUACGAAACAAGGUCCUACUAUCGCCAAUAUACAUACAUACAUACAUACACACAUACAUACAUGGUUACUACCGUUGUCACAGCGUCUCCGGUUUGCGGUGUUUACUCAUUUUUUCAAGUUUUUCUAAGAAAAAAACAGAA